ACCCUUUCCUUACUUUUUGGCUUCCUGUUUUAUAAGGAACUUGGAUUGCCAGGCACGGACGUUUUACCUUCUUCCCUUUUUGGAAGAGCUGCCAAAGGUCACGCAGCCAGGGGCCCACUCUGCAAAUGUAAGGGACAAGCUGGCCAAACUAUGAUCCCACUGGGGUUCUUUCAAGUUUUAGUAAUUCCGGUAAAUUUAAUCCUGAUUCAGUGGAGAAUUGGGGAGUCCUUGGCAAUAUCGCUCAUUUCUGAGCCCAGGCGAAUCCAUGGGGUUUUAGCAGAGAAACAUACCUUCGAUCACUCAAGUGGAAGAGAGAGGAGAGAUAUUCAGUGCCAAGUUGGGCACUAUCUUCACCCAAAUGGAACUCACUGCUGUAUUAAGUGCCACAAAGGAACUUAUCUUUCAGAACAUUGUUCUGGGUCGGAUAAGGCACCUACUUGCUCUGUGUGUCGCGAAGGUGAAUACAUGCCUUCACAAAAUUCUUCACCAAAGUGUUUUGCGUGUCAACCAUGUCGCACAAAUACCGGCUUUCACCAGAUAACAAAGUCCAAUUGUACCAAGUGGGAAAAUACUGUGUGUGGUUGUUACAGUAAUCAAUAUAAGACUACCAGAAAUGCUGAAUUUGUAUGCAAGAAUUGCAGCGACUGUCAUAAUGGAAAAAUCAGACAAGACUGCACGCCUGAUAGUGAUACAAUUUGUGAAUGUCACAGAGGAUUUUUUCUUAAGGAAGAUCAGAAUGAAUGUCUUCCCUGCAGCAGCUGCGAUAAGGAAGAUUGCAAGGAACAUUGUGAAACAGGAAGGGUAAUUAAAAGUCCAUCAAAUUCCAAAGAACUCAUAUAUGUCCUCAGUUUCCUGACUAUCAUUUUCGCAGUCGGUUUUGCUGUAUUUAUAAUCAAAGCCAUCAAGAAAUAUUUUCCAGAAAGACAGUGCUUCUCUUCCUGUACUUCAGAUCAACAGUUAAAAAAGCAACUUGCAUCCAAGACUGCAGAUAAAACAAAAAACUCUCUUUUGGACAUUAAAGAAGAAAUGAUCCUGGGCACCAUGCAAGUGCUUCCACUAAGUCAAGCCCAAGGUCAAGAACUGCCAGACUGCAUAAAAUCUGCAAGAGAGACACGGAUUUCUGACAGUCCUGUGGUUUUAUAUGCUGUGAUGGAUGCUGUACCAGUAUUACGAUGGAAGGAAUUUAUGAGGUACCUGGGACUGAGUGAAAAUACAAUUGACAGGAUUUUUUUUGACCACCGGCAUGCGCGGGAUGCACAAUAUGAGACACUAAAAGAAUGGAGACUAUUAGCAAACCAUGAUGCUACUAUGGAGCGCAUCAGUCAGGUUCUCAGUAAAAUGGACCUAAGUGGAUGUAUUGAGGAAAUUCAGGAAGCACUGGCCAAACAGUGAGAGACAUUGUAUUAUUUGCUUCAUUUCCAAAGAGAAUUCACUGGUGCACUGUUAUUGUAUCUUCAAGUUUGUUUUCCCACUGUACCAUAAAUGGAUUUUUUAAAAUAUAC